CUCUCCUUCUCUCUCCCCCUCUGCUACACCCACACCAACAGUCCAACAGACCAACACACACCCUUUCGUCUCCUAUUCCAUAUCUCUCUCUCGCCCCAACCUCACAUCCAACAUCCUUCUUCCUUAUGACAUUUCCUUUUUUCUCUGCUCACUGUUCCCACCAUUGCUCCUCCUUUCGAUUUCACCGUUCACCCAUUACUCUGUUUUCUUCUUCCUCUAUCAGAAGAAACCGCUGGCUCCGCAUGGAUGCUGGCCCCAUCUUCAGCCGCAACCGCUGGAAAGAGAAGGUGAUUGUCAUAAUGGGUGCCACCGGAGCCGGGAAAUCCAGCCUCUCCAUCGACCUCGCAACCCGUUUCCCCUUCUCCGAGAUCAUUAACUCGGAUAAAAUGCAAGUUUACACAGGCCUCGACAUCACCACCAACAAGAUCCCCAUUGAGGAGCGCAAAGGCGUCCCUCAUCAUCUCCUCGGCGAUGUCGACCCACAAAACGGAGAGUUCACGCCUUUAGAUUUUCGCUUGCGCGCCGGCUCUGUCAUCUCCGACAUUACUUCCAGGAGGAAGAUUCCCAUCGUUGUUGGUGGGUCUAACUCGUUCGUUCACGCUCUGCUCGCGGACCGAUUCGACCCCGAGAUAAAUGUAUUCGAUGGGUCGUCAUCGUCGUCGAGUUUGAUCUCAUCGGAGUUGAGAUACGAUUGCUGCUUCUUGUGGGUGGACGUGUCAUUUCCUCUGUUGUCAGAUUACUUGAUGAAGCGAGUCGACGACAUGCUCGACAUGGGAAUGGUGGAAGAGUUAGCCGAGUUUUUCAACCCGGACGCCGACGAUUUAGAGGAUGACUCGGAGAAUCGAACCGGAUUGAGAAAGGCCAUCGGUGUGCAGGAGUUCGAUCCGUAUUUCAAAAGAUACCCCCCACCGGCAGGGCUGAGCGCGGAGUGUACAUGCGAAGAGGAUCGGGUACGGAAGGGGGCAUACGAAGACGCCGUAAGAGCGAUAAAGGACAACACGGGUCGGCUUGUGAAAAAACAGAUAGAGAAAAUCUUACGGCUAAGAGGGUCAGGGUGGGACCUACGGAGAGUGGACGCGACGGAGGUGUUCAGGGCGAAGUUGGGAAAGAGCAGCGGCGGAAGGUGGUCUGAAAUUUGGGAGAGGGAGGUGCUGGAGCCAAGCGUGAAGAUUGUGAGUAGCUUCUUGCGGGAGUAGGUCUUCCAGCCAAAUCCAGCUACCGUCCAACUUAA